AUGAUACACGAUGAAAUAAACGGAAACAGUCUAAAAAACAUAGCAUUACAAUUAUUUUCAAUAAUUCCACAUGCUAUUAUGCCGGAACGUUUAUUUCCAAUGUUAGAUUGGCAAAAUACAAAACGAAGAACUAAACUAAAUCCAUUCACAUUGGAAAGUGUAUCAAAAAUUUACACGUAUCAUAAAAAUGCUUUUAAUAAUGAAUCACCUAUCGAUAUGGAAAAAAUUGAGGAAUAUUUAAUGGACGAGUUGAAAGCUACAAUAGGAAAAAGGCCAACUACAACCACAAACGUUUUAUCAAACAGUUUGGAAACAUUUAUGCAAACAGUCGACGCGGAUCAACGAAUUUUAUGUGAAUUAGCUGGUACCGAUAAAAUUGACGAACAAAAUAUUGAAGAUAAAGAUUUAUUAGAUUUAACAACAAUGAUCAACCAUGACGAUCGAGAAUUGACAAAAGUGUUGGC